CUCCUCGCUCCUUGUAUUUUUGCUGUUUCCUCGCAUCCCCGCCGCUCCUCGCCCCCCCCCCAUCCCGCCAUGCGAUUGCUUCCCCAGGGCAUGCUCGAUCUGGGCAUCCACCCGGAGGCCCUCAAGGGCCUGGAUUCAUACAAGUAUGGCGCCGUGGACAAGUCCCCGGUGACAAAAUAUGUGAUGAAGCCCUACUGGGACUGGGCUGCCACCCUCUUCCCCAUGUGGAUGGCCCCCAACCUGAUCACCCUGCUCGGAUUCAGCGCCAUCAUCGUCAGCCUGCUGCUGACCUUCCUCCUCUUCCCUGACCUGGAGGAGAACAGCGCCUUCCAGUGGGUGUACUUUUUCUUCGCCGCUGCCCUGCACCUAUACCAGACUCUCGAUAAUGUGGACGGCCGCCAGGCCCGCCGGACUGGGUCCUCUUCGCCCCUUGGUGAGCUCUUCGAUCAUGGUGUCGAUGCGCUGAACUGCUCCUUCGGUGCCAUUGUCCAGGCUGCGGCCAUGGGCCUCGGCUUCACCUGGCGCACGGUGGCCCUGCUACUGCUGACCGUGGGCCCCUUCUAUCUGUCCACCUGGGAGGAGUACCACACCGGCGUGCUGUACCUGGGCUACAUUAACGGCCCGACUGAGGGGAACAUCAUGGCCACGCUGCUGAUUGCCCUGUCUGGGGUUUUCGGAACGGCGAUCUGGACGCUGCCGAUCUCGCAGUUCCUGCCUGGCGGCUGGUGGGACUCGAAGAACGCCAUCGGUCAGUUCUGGGCCGGCGUCUCGAACGCCUUCGAGUACGGCGACCCGGAGGCCGGGCCUGCCUUCACCGAUGUCAUGUUCCUCUUCCUCUUCACCCUGAUCAUUGUCAUCCAGCUCCCCCUGAGUGUGUCCAACAUCCGUCGGCACUAUGCCGCCAAGGGCCGUAGCUCCGCCGGGGCCCUGCUCGGGAUCAUUCCCAUGCUUGUGUACUUCGUGCUGGUCUUCUCCAUCGCAUUUGCCAAUGACCAGCGCAUCAUCGUCAACAAUGCGGUGUCUUUCGUGCUCAUGGCCGGCAUCGCGUUCGGUCGCCAUGCUUCCAAGAUCACCCAGGCGUAUGUCACCCGCCAGCCCUUCCCCUGGGCCACGGUCCAGUACAUCCCGCUGCUUGUUCUCUUCGUCAACACCUUCUCCAUGCAGCUGUUCGGCCUCGAGCCCUUCUGGGAUGCGACCACCGAGUCGCAGAUGAUCGUUCUCUUCGCCGUUCUCCAUGUGCUGCUUUACGUGUACUCGGCUGUUCGCGUGGUCAACGCCUUCUGCGGCUACCUCGGCAUCCAGGCCCUGCGCAUCCGCCCGAAGAACGAUUGAGAGGGCCACUUCUUGUUCUUGCGCCCCCCCCCCCCCCCCCUC